AUGGAUGCCAAGCCCUACGUGGAAGAAGCCGUGGCGCCAAAGCCGCUUCUACAGGACCGUCCCCCAGCCUACAGCCCGCCUGUACAAGGGGGGUACGACUAUGGGCAGCAAGCCAACUAUGGAACUAUUCCUGGAGCCCCCCAGACUGCAGCUCAGACCGUCUACCAACCCCCUCCAUACCCCUACCCCACGGGCACAGGAUACAUUGCACCAGCACAAACUACGUACCCCAGCACUUACACUAUCAUCCAACAGCCAGCGGCAACAACCUCUGUGGUGGUGGUUGGAGGGUGUCCGGCAUGCAGGGUUGGUGUUUUGGAAGACUCCUUUACCUGCCUGGGUAUCUUCUGCGCCAUCUUUUUUUUCCCAAUUGGGAUCCUGUUCUGUCUUGCCUUGAGGCAGCGAAGAUGCCCCAACUGCGGUGCCACGUUUGGUUAAGAAGACAAACCAAGGCAGCAUUCUUUAUCCUGCACUUCUUAAACUCCUUUCAAUGCACAAUCCUUCUCUAUAAUUAAAUAGCAUCUUGUUUCUGGGUGUAUGAUCAGUCUGAAUAGAGGGGGGGGCGACUCUGUGCCAUAGAGACACAUGGAAGUUUACUGCUUCCAGACACCAGUGCCUUCAGAGACUGUACCAAUAUCCCGUCCCAACCCUUGGCAGAUGUCAUUUGAAGAUUAGGUUCCCUUCGCCCGUGUUCACCUAGUUCUGUGUACAUUUGUGUCAUACCUUUUCUUUUUCUCUGUAAGAUGUCUUUGAAAAACUGUAAUUUUAUAGUAAAACGAUACAGCACUGUGAAA